AUGGCCAUGACAGACAGCCACCACAGAUUCGAGUUUCAGAGACUUCACGGCAUGGGAGAAGAAGUUCACGAGGUGGCUAGAAAAAAAUUUGGAUACCAUUGCAGAAUCUAUGCUCCGGUGGGUGCCCGCGAAGACCUUCUUGCUUAUCUCGUGCGGAGAAUUCUGGAGAAUGGGGCAAAUAGUUCUUUCCUGAAUCAACUGGUGGACACGGACAUUCCGGUGGGAGAAGUCGCUUCAGACCCAAUCGAGAAGGUUCGAGAACUGAGGCAUUCAAUACCAAAUCCGUCGGUACGGAAGCCAAGCAAUAUCUUUGGCGAUUCAAGAACAAAUUCCAAAGGCAUCGAUCUAGCGGAUGUCAAUGCAAUGAAAGCGCUGUACGGAGAGAUGGAGCAAUACCGAAACAGCGAAUGGCAUGCUGGUCGGUCCGAUUUGGUUUCUGAUCCAAACAACCCGACGGAAGUCAUAUGUAAUCCUGACACACCCACGAAUCCAAGUAGGCACGGUUGUUCAAACUGA